CUAAUUUUGUGAUGCGAACGAUGAUUUAAACUUUGUUUUGAAUACGUGGGAUUAUUUGUAUUUUAAUGUGUUAGAGCCUGUUAGAGCCCAAGUUGAUGGGAAGAACCACACCUAGUUGCCUUGGACCGCUGCGGUCAUGUUGAGGUCCGUCCAUUCUCCAUGGGACGCCCAAGACGACUUUCGAAGCCUCCGCUCCUAUGCUCCUCGUCACACUCGUUUUCCUUCAAUAUCCGAAUUUUCCGACUCUCCAUCAGACUCCUCCAGCCAACGUCGGCCAUCCAUAUCCAACUCUGACUACCUUGAUGAUCAUGCAGCAAGUAGCCUGGAUCUUGAUGAUGAGGACGUUACGGGUGUUUCAAUUAACACUGCAGAUACAACUGACGACACGGAGAAUGACGACGAAGACGAUGAUGCCUCACACAGGAUGAGUGUUCAGGGCCCCAAGAUACGUUUUCACUCUCGAGCACCUUGGGAAACUGGAGAAGAAGACACGAUUGACGGGAACGACUCGGAUCAUAGUGCCAUGUCCACCGCGUUUGGCAAGAAAGUCAAAAGUAAGACUGUGAAGGCUGAUCUCAUACGGCACUUCGGCAAGAGUUCCUCCGCCAGACCCAGCGCCGAGUCAUUCCGUUCUCAGGUUCAGUCCAAUGGUUCUUUUGAAAUUGUUGCGGGUAAUCAUUCUAGUUCGCGAGGUGCCUUGUACACCCUGGCCCAGGAAUCAUUAUCGACCUCCUCUUUGACCGUUCCCUCUCAACAGUUUCCUGCCCCUUCGCUGAGAAAUCGUCAUAAUUUCUCUCUUCCCCGCACGACAAACUAUCCACCUACAACUCACCAUGACGACCGCACGCUGGAAGAGCCCCGGUCUUCCACCAGUUCCUUGCGAGAAACGGGACACAUUCCCCAGCCAUCAUCCCCCACACAGGAUACACCCAGACCAUACUCUCCAGCUCCGGAAGUUCCACGAGAUCACGAACGUAGUGCUACUGUUUCAUCGUUUUAUACUUUCCAACAUCGUCUGUCUCACGAGGACUUCGUACAUCCCUAUGCCAACCCUGAUUUGGUGGCUUCUUAUGCCCCUCUCAGACCUGCUCAGCUCCGUUCUACCUUUGGACAUAUCCCGCGAAACGAUUCGGCUGCCACCGUGACUGACUCACUAAGUUCGCGGUCUGGUACUUUCUCUUCUACUAUAACACCAGACACCUCUGCCUCCUCCAUACCAUCGCGAGAUCACAUCCCCUCCACAGGUAUGCGCGUUCAUGGCAAAGAUAUUUCUCCCCCCAUCACAGUUCUCCAUGCCAACGACCUCAACUCAGCGCAAUGCGAUCAGAGCACCAGCUUGCCGUCUUUCCACCGCCCGCCCGCAUUUGAAGGUGUCCCAGGUUGGAAUGGUCAUUCCUCUCCAACUGUCACUUUGAUAUCGCUGCAGGAGGCACAAGCGAGAGAAAGGACCCGCAGUGCUACCGCCAAUGCCACGGUUUCGUCCCCCUCUCCGGUGCAUGAGACUACUUCACGCAUUCCUUUUUCGGAGCCAGAUGACUCUGCCAGUAUAGCCAGUACUGAAACUUCUGCUACUGGCAACUUCAAGCGGGCUCGCGCUCGCUCCACUAGUGCCGGCGCACGUGCCAAAAGUGUCCUUCAUUCAGUCGUUGCGACAUCUUUGCAUAGUAAGCCUGAGCGAAGGGGUUCAGAACUCGAUGUCGUUAAUCCCAGCGGGCAAACUCUGAGGCACAAGAAAAGCGGGUUUAUGAGACUCUUUAAUGGGCGUGAACGAGAGAAAGGUCGUGACAAGGGGAAGAGUCCGCCACCUCCAGUUCCGCCUUUACAUGGUGUUUACGCUCACGGAGGCAACAAAGAUAGCAAAUCGUCACUUCCAAUCAUCCCACCUCGCUUGUCAUCCUUGGGCUCAGAUGCCGGGAGCUGCACUGCCCUCAACGAGUCCUCAUCAGAUGCCGAAGGGGAGCUUUCCCCAAAGUUGUCAUCACCUUCGCUGAAACGCACCCCGCCCUCAUUGUACAUAUCCACUGGCGCAUCAAACCAGUCUCCACUCUGCGCUGAACAUCGACCCACAGACCUGGCUCAGUCACCCCAGUCAGGAAAAAAAACACCUUGGUGUUCUCCGCUUGGGGCCAUUGACUUUCAAGCUCUCAAACUACGUCCAAUAUCUACGACGUUCAGCUCUCAAUUCGCUGACAUUGUUGCCAUCCCGGAGGCAGAGCGUACCUCAGAACUCGAACUGGACACCCCGACAUCUACAAAUAGUUCAGUGGCAGCGCUCUCGCCCUUCACUCCUGGAUGGUCGCGACCCAGCGACGAUAAAUCAUCGCCGGUGGAACAGUCCCUCGUAAUAAAGGCUUUGCAGGAACAGAUGAUAGCAGCGAAAAAUGCCUGGCAACGCCAAGUCUGGGAGCUGCAAGGUCAAGUGAGGGACUUGCGAGCUGGAAUCGAGGACCUCCAUGCUGUGGAUGAAGACAAGGGAUAUUGCGAACACUGCGGUAGGGGGGGUCCCAGAGAGGAGCGUGAAGCUUCCAAUGCAGGAACGAAGAAAACUGGUGUUGUCGACAGACCGAGGGGACGCACAGGCGAUACAUCUCGCUUCGUCAGUAGGAAUUAGGUUGGAUCGCCAUCAUGGCACUUGUCACUCGUUAUUUCUUGUUUGGGCUACAUCAAAUGUGACUGCUAAUCAGUCGAUUGUGCAUAAUUUUAUUCACCUUAUAAAUUUAUCAGUAACUUACCACAUUCCUUCUGGCGCCUUCUCCAUUGUCGUUCCUUGUUGAUACUUUUGAUUUGUUCCU